CUUCAACGGAAUUGCAACUGUGUCGUCUUCUACUUCCAUAAGUAACACUGCUUGACUUUGAUGCUUUGGUAUUGUAAUCAUGACUUGGGUCUUUGGCUGGCCUCUCUAUAAUGACGACGCGCUCAAAAUCGCGAAGAGGCGCAAUCUUGUCAAGUCGGACCCGAACGCGGGAGAUGAUCAGCGCAUCCAAGCAACCCGGCUGUGGGUCGCGGACCAGAUCGGUAUUGUUCCUGUGCUCUCCUGCUGGGUUGACGACUUCCCGGAAAUUGUUUACGCUGCAUAUGUUGACUAUGGCGACAACCGCUAUCCUCCGCCUGAUCUCAUCCGCGAGAACAUGACGAUGUCCGGCAAGAACUAUCGUCGCCUCAAGAAGGUGAUGCCACUCAAGGAUCUUGGCUGGUAUCAGUACAAUGACCCGUCCUGCGAGCUAUACAAGGAGAUGGGUGAUGAAGAGGGCGACGACAGUGACGAGGGCAGCGCGACGGAUAUCGAUGGAGAUGCAGGCGAUGGAGAAGACGAUGAUGAUGAUGCGCCGACGACCAUUGUCGACGACGACAAAGACGCGGCUGGGAAGCGACACUGA